AUGUACUCCAAAAACGACAGAAAAGUCCAGUUCCUCCUCGCAAUUCUCGAUUGCCAAGUCGGUCAGGUCAAAGUCUUUCCCCCCUCUCCUCCAUACCUCCUUCUCCCUCCUUUCCCCUCGUAGCUAACAAGACAAAAGGUGGAUUUUCAAAAACUCGCCGAUAAACUCGGAUACAAAAACGUGCGCAGCGCCGCAGACAGUUACUACCGUUUCCGCCGCGGGUUAGAUCUCGGCGCUUCCUCGUCCUCUCCCGGCAGCAGCAAUUCUAGUGCCCGGGGCCGCCCUAUUAGGAGGGGACCUAGACUUCACAGAAGGAAGAUUAUUUGCUCCGAUGAUGAUGGUGAGGGUGGGGAUGAAGGGGAAGAUGAGGAUAGCGGUAGUGGUGAUGGCGAUGCUACGAGGCGUGGGAUUAAGCAAGAAUGUACCGAGGGGGACGGUGGCAGGGUGAUUAAGCUGGAGGGUGAUACUGAAGAAGCGAUAUUUAUCAAGAGUGAGUCGGAGGGGGAGGAUGGCGAUGGUGGCGUCACCGGGCGGGGUCACAGGUGGAGGAGUGCGAGGGAGGGGCGGUUCAGUGGGUUUCAGGGGACGGGGUAUUGCUGCGUUGGCACUGGCACUGGGAGUGGGUUUGAAGGCGCGAGGUUUGAAGGCGCGAGGUUUGAAGGCUAUGGGGUUUUUGGUGGGUUGCAGCGGCCGCUGGCGAUGGUGGAAAGGGCACCGCCGGAGAAGGCGGUUGAGAAGGAGGGGGUUGUGGUGAUCAAGGAUGAGCCGGUGGAUGACGAGAAGUGGGUUUGGAACUGGUGA